AAAUCAUUAUUUUAGAGCCGUCCAACAGUAAACUACACAGUUUUACCAAACACAUUUCUAAAGUUUAUACAAUUCCAUACAAUACUUUUCACUCACUAAAAGUAAUUCGGAAUUUACAAAGCGUGUAUUGCGGUACACCAAUUUCAUUGUAGCACAAUAAACCUAAUAUACCCAGCCGAUAUACAAACAUCAGCUCUAGAACAACAUCGCGCCGAAAUGUCGAGACUCGUGCGGGCCCGCAACGUGACCGUCACCCACAACUCCUUGGUCCAGUGGUCGCGUCAGGACAUCUUGGAGUGGUGCAACGAUAUGCUCCAGUGCAGGAUCAGUAAGGUCGAGCACCUGUGCACCGGGGCUGCCUACUGCCACCUGAUGGACAUGCUCUUUCCCGGCCUGGUCAACCUGAGUCGCGUCAAGUUCCUCUCGAAUCAGGAAUACGAAUACAUUGCCAACUUCAAGGAACUCCAGAUUUGCUUCAAUCGGGCCAAGGUCAAUGCGCCCAUCCCGGUGGCCCAACUGAUCAAGGGUCGCUUCCAGGAUAACUUUGAAUUCGCCGUCUGGUUCCGCCACUUCUUCACGGCCAAUUACAAUGAGGCCGACUGCUGCGACUACGAUCCAUUGGCUGCCCGUGGCCAACAGGAUAUAGGAGUGGGUGCCUCGCGAUCCAAUACGCCACAAAGUGCCAGACCCUUUGCUCAUCGACGGAAGCCUUUAGUGGCCACGCCCAGGAUCGCUAAGGGGGUGACUGCAGCUCGAGAGGAUGUCGAGGAUGUCGAGGAUGUCGAGGAUGUCGAGGAUGGCAUGAUGUCUGCACGAAAGCCUCCUAUCCAGAACCGUUUGGAGACUCCCCGAAAGCCUCCUGUCCGGGAUCGUUUGGAAACUCCACGUAGGCCGGCACUCGGAAAGCAGCAAAAGCCGGAGGUCGGGAGGCAGCCGAAGGGCAAGAAUGGACCCCUUUCGCCAAAGCUGGGCAAGACCCAGCCUCGAGUCCACGAGGAUAAAGCUUCACUCUUCUUUCUGAACAAUGACAUGGAAGUGGAGGAAUUUCUUUCUCCCAUGGAGAUUGUACACACUUCAGACGAUGAACCGAACGCAGUGCAGGAAAAAGUCAAGAUAUGUCAAAAAAAGCUAUUAAUCAAGGGCAACCGUAAACUGAAUCCUGUUCCGCCGUCGGUAAGUGAGGAGCCAUUGGAGCUUAUGGAGCCAGUGAAGAACAAAAAGACGGUGGUUCACAAGAAGCCUGUAGUUAACAAGAAGCCGGUGGUUAACCAGAAGCCGGAUGUUGAACAGAAGGCAGUGGUUAACCGGAAGCCCGUCCCUAACCAGAAAGCUGUGGCUAAACCAAAACCAGGAGCUAAGCAGAAGCCUUGGGAGAAGAAAAAACCAGUGGUGAUCGAAGAAUCGGACGAGUUCGAAGAAUCGGACGAGUUCGAAGAAUCGGAGGAACCAGAGAUCGAGAUUAAAGAAAAACCCUGGCAGAAAAAGAAACCACACGUGAACAAAAAACCAGUGGAGGUCGAAGAACCUUUGGAGAUCAAAGUUGGUAAUAAAAAAGAAGUGGUUCGUCAAAAACCAGGAGCUAAGCAGAAGCCUUGGGAGAAGAAAAAACCAGUGGAGAUCGAAGAACCGGACGAGUUCGAAGAAUCGGAGGAACCAGAGAUCGAGGUUAAAGAAAAACCCUGGCAGAAAAAGAAACCACAAGUGGUUCGUCAAAAACCAGGAGCUAAGCAAAAGCCUUGGGAGAAGAAAAAACCAGUGGUGAUCAAAGAUCCAGAGGAGAUCGAAGAAUCGGACGAGUUCGAAGAACCGGAGGAACCAGAGAUCGAGAUUAAAGAAAAACCCUGGCAGAAAAAGAAACCACACGUGAACAAAAAACCAGUGGAGGUCGAAGAACCAUUGGAGAUGGAAGAACCUUUAGAGAUCAAAGUGGUUAAAAAAAAACCAUUGGCUUGUCAAAAACAAAUAGCUAAACAGAAGCCACGGCAAAAGAAGCCAUGUGAGAACAUAAAGCCAGUGGAGAUCGAAGAACCAUUGGAAAUCGAAGAACCAUUGGAGAUCGAACAACCGUUGGUUAAUAAAAAACAAAAGCCAUGGCAGAAGAAGAAACCACAUGUGAACAAAAAACAAGUGGAGAUCGAAAAACCAUUGGAGAUCAACGUUGUUAAUCAAAAACAAGUGGUUCUUAAAAAACCAGGAGCUAAGCAGAAGCCUUGGGAGAAGAAAAUGCCAGUGAAGAUCGAAGAACCACAGGAGAUCGUAGAAUCAGACGAGUUCGAAGAACCGGAGGAACCAGAGAUCGAAGAACCAUUGAAGAAGCCCUGGCAGAAAAAGAAACCACAUGUGAACAAAAAACCAGUGGAGAUCGAAGAACCAUUGGAGAUCGAAGAAACUUUGGAGAUCAAAGUUGUUUAUCAAAAACAAGUGGUUCUUAAAAAACCAGGAACUAAGCAGAAGCCUUGGGAGAAGAAAAUGCCAGUGAAGAUCGAAGAACCACAGGAGAUCGUAGAAUCAGAUGAGUUCGAAGAACCGGAGGAACUAGAGAUCGAAGAACCAUUGAUGAAGCCCUGGCAGGAAAAGAAACCACAUGUGAACAACAAACCAGUGGAGAUCGAAGAACCAUCGAAUAUCGAAGAACCAUGGGAGAUCAAAAAAUUAAUGGAGAUCAAACAACAAUUGAAGAUCAAACAACCAGUGGAGAUCAAACAACCAAUUGAGAUCAAACAACCAAUUGAGAUCAAACAACCAAUUGAGAUCAAACAACCAAUUGAGAUCAAACAACCAAUGAAAUCCCUGGAAUACUUCAAGAAGCCAUUGGUGAGCGUCAAGGAUGAAGUCCGCCGUAUAGAGGAGAAUUUUGGAAAAGGUGCGGAGGGAUUUGAAGGCGUAAGGGACCGAGUCAAGCGGUUCGAAGAAGCCAAGCAAACGGCAUUGGAGUCGCCCAGAACAAAGUUCAUCAGGCAGAGAGUCGAAGAGCUGAAAAUGGAAUAUGAUGGGUUGAGUGCUAAACUGGGUGAUAUAGGUAGACUUUCCCAUUCGUCCAUAGAUGACAAUACCCAGUUCAACGAUAACAAUAGCAAGGACAAUAUUUCUACCCAGUUCAACGAUAACAAGGACAAUAUUUCUAACAUAGAAAAUCAGAUAGACAUAGACAGUACCCAGUGUAUGGAUAACAACUACAAUACUAAUAAGGACAAAGGUAUUGAAACGACAGUUGAGGAGGAAUCCAAACUACCCAAGACGAUCCGGAAUACCUUAGAAAUCGAGGGUGAACAUGAACUCAUCGAGAUCUACAGGUCCCCGAUUUUCAGAGAAGAUUCCAGCGAGAUGGAAGUCGCACAGGAGGCGAAGGAGGACGAGGAACUCUCACUGGACAGAUGGAACCCUCAUCCAAGCAACAGUUCCCCAUAUGAACCUGCGAGCCGGACGAGUCUGGCCAGUUCGAUGGUAGUAGAUGGUCUUUUUGUAGAUCUGGCCAAUGUGCUAGCUCAGGACAAUCUCACCAGUGAGCAGAUCAUGGCCGAAGUGCGGCUUCAUUGUGGCAUUCGUUUAUUGAUUAGAAAACCCGAUCUCGUUAGGGUCGCCGAUGUAGCCGUAGCCACCAGUAGACAGGACGUUGCCUGCUGCACCUCGGCGGACGACCGUUCCUAAUAAUUGCCAACGAAUUCUAUCUUCCGGUCGCCCUUCGUUAGGAGACCCUUCUCAAAGCACAGCUAAAUUACCGUAUCUCUUUUUUAUGUUUAAAAUCUUGUCCUUGUUACAUAAGCAGCUAAAUUAGGUUUUGUAAAAUCUAUAAUAUAAAAUUAAGCCUUUUGGAAUCUA